UGAUAAGGGAACACGGCGAAUAGGAACAAAUCAAGAUGGCCGCAACUAACUCGAGUUUACCUAGUGAAAUUCCAACGAAGAAGGAAGAUGAAUUCAACGAGUUUUAUACAGAGGUUAAAGAAAUCGAAAAAAGGGAUUCCGUGUUGACACCCAAACAACAAAUUGACAGAUUAUUGCGGCCAGGUUCAUCUUACUUUAAUUUGAAUCCAUUUGAAGUUUUACAAAUAGAUCCAAGUACUUCUAUAGAUGAAAUCAAAAAGAAAUAUCGACGUAUGUCCAUUCUGGUACAUCCUGACAAGAAUCAAGAUGAUGCAGAGAGAGCGCAGCAAGCUUUUGAAAUUGUUAAUAAAGCAUGGAAGACAUUGGAAAAUGAAGAGACGAGAGCAAAAUGUAUGGAUGUUAUCGAAGAAGCAAAAGCUCGUACUGAUCACAUGAUCGCUGAGAAAAAGAAGAAAUUAAAAAAGGAAGGCAAGACUGAUAAUUUGGCAGCUAACAUGUUGGAAGAAGAAACCGAAGAAGGUUAUCGACAUGCUGUAUGGGUCAUGACGAUGAAAUUGUUUGCUGAUAUGGAACGACGAAGAAGAGAACUAGCAACGAGAGAUGCUGAACAACGAAAAAGAAAACGUGAAGAGGAAUUAUCUGCAGAAGCUCAGGCAGCUUUAGAACGUGAGUGGCAAAAAAACUUUGAAGAAUCUAGACAAUCACGAGUCGAUAGCUGGAAAGCAUUUCAAUCUGGUUCUAAUGCAACUAAACAAAAGAAGGCCAAAAAAUUGAAAGCCUUUAGGCCUCCAAAAACGAAGGCCGAAUCUCGAUAAUUAAAAAUGAACGUGUAUCGCCUCUUCUUCUCAUGGGGGACUCUUUACAAUUAGUAUUGGUUCCAAUCUCAUUCGCUCCAAUGUUAUAUUUCAUAGAAAUUUUCAGCAGAACAAUUUUUAGAUCAUAUUAAUUCUCUAUACAUACACAUUGUAUGACAUCGUAUGCGCGUAUCAAUUUAACAAAUGUCCAUAAUAAUUAAUAAUAAUCAUCGAUUUUUCUCACUUUCAAUCCACAUACUUGUUUAGAAAAGAAAAAAAAAAACGAAAAAAGAAAGAAAGAAAGAAAGUAAGCUAUGUAUAUUAAUUCUUUUAUUGAGAAUCAAAGUAUAAAUGAAGUAACAUUAAAAAAGAAAAGAAAAGAAAGAAAGGAAGGAAGGAAGGAAGGCAGGAAGGAAGGAAGGCAGGAAGAGAGAAAAAAAUAUUGAAAGUGUUGGAAGAAAUGUGCGUGCAAGGGAGUGAUAUCAAUAUGGAAAGAUAGAGAAUAAAAUAAAAAAGAAAAAAAAAAGUAAUACGUGAAUACGAAUUGCGCGAACAUCUUUAUUGUAUACUAUGUAUGUAUCAUGAAUGAAUGAUUAUGCGUGCUUGUAUGUGUAUGUUAUGAAUGGAUUUACGUAAAUGUAUAAGUGAGAAAAUUGCAAUGCUGUUUACCUGGCCCGUGUAAGUUGCAUCUCGAUCUUCCAUAUGGUGAUGAAAACUUAUUGAAUUAAAAAAUUCAUACAAUUAAAAAUUCAAUGAUUCAUCUUAUUAUGGUGUAUUGAAAUUGAGUAAGAAUAUUAGAAUAAUAUCCAACGUAUAGUAAUUCAGCUUUUUAAAAAACACCAAAUUACUUUUCGUGGGAUUUGGGAUACAUUCCAAUGUUUUUGGAAAUUGCAACAGAAUGCAGAAGACUUUGAAUUUUCUAUACUGCCUAAGGU